UGCCUGCUCUACCUCUCCUGUGCCAUCUAGAGAUUGCUUGAAGUUUUGCUUCCAGCGCGCGUGACACGCUCCUCCGGUGCCGCGCGCUGCGCCUCCGACUCGCCGCUCAGCCUCGACCCGCACUUUUCUAACGGGACUCCAGAGCGUGUCAGAGCCGCAUACACGACCAUGCAUCUGGAAUUAAACGCGGAAUAUCUGACCGGACUCAUCAAUGCACUGGGAUAUUUUGCAGCUUUAAUCUGACAGUCCUGAGACUAAGCAGCAGAGUGCAUUGUGCGGUAAAGGAGAGAGAUAGAAAGAGAGAGACAGGGGGAGAAAGAGAGAGAGAAGGAUAAGGACGUAAGAUUUUUUUCUUUUGCUUUUUCUUGCACCUUUUUCGCAUUGUCGGUUUCAGGGGAAUGAAAUGGAUGAUGGUGCAGAAAGAUCUGAGUUUUAAAGCGCAUCGGUGCGAAUAAAGAAGCUCAACGAAGCAAGAAUGGACACGUUGCCACUUAUCAAGGUAAAAGAGUGACCCAAUGAAGUGGAGUAUAACCUUGUCAGUUUGCCGAACUAGAAGUCACCUUGGCUCGCUCUUCCAAGAGCAGAAGGAGAAAUACAAAGGAAAGAAGAAAGAGUCAGAGCAAGAGAUAAAGUGACGCCUCUGAUUGUUUGUUCACAGCAGGGAGGCAGCGAGGUGAGACUUUAAGGCGAAAAAUCAAACAGCUUUGGAUUUAAGAAGCUGAAACGGACCUUGUGGAAGAAUCCUACAAUAUCUAGGCGUUUGUACAUGCUCUACCAUGGCCAAAGUGUUCUGCAGCCUCCUGCUUCUGGGAAGUACAGUGAUGACAGCCACUGCAUGUCCCAAGUACUGUGUCUGCCAAAACCUGUCUGAGUCUCUCGGUACUCUGUGUCCUUCUAAAGGCCUGCUCUUUGUCCCACCUGAUAUUGACCGGCGAACUGUCGAGCUGCGGCUGGGGGGGAACUACAUUAUCAGGAUUUCUCAGCAGGAUUUUGUCAACAUGACGAGUCUUGUUGACUUAACACUUUCCCGAAACACGAUAAGCUCUAUCCAGCCUUUCUCUUUUGUGGAUCUUGAGACUCUGCGCUCACUCCAUCUGGAUAGCAGACUUCACAGUGUUCCUGAAGCAAGCGGGCUUACCGUUGAGGACUCGGCUGGGGUGGACGGUGGCCUGGAGUGCUCAGCGGCAACAGGAGACGGGGAGGCAACGGUUGAGGACCUAAAUAACUGCGUUUGGUACUCCUGCCGCUUAAUCUCCACUUCAAGCUCUUUGAGCGCAAGCUGCCAACCGGGAUCCACUGUACGAGCAUGGGGCUGCUCACGACUUAACUCAACCUCCUCCGGCUCAGUCAUAGCUUCCGCUCUGCCAGGAGCCUGGGUGGGUUGGGUAAUCUGCAGCGCCUCCUGGAGGUGCAUCCCUUUCAGGAUGAUACCAUUUGCAAGCAGAGCCUUUGUGGUCAACAACUUGAUGCCAGGAAUGCAGUACGACCUCUGCGUGCUCGCCAUCUGGGAUGACACGGUCACCACCCUCACUGCCACCAACAUAGUGGGCUGCGUUCAGUUUGUGACGCGUGACGACUACCCUCGCUGCCAGUCUCUUCACAGGCAGUUCCUCGGGGGAACGAUGAUCUUGGUGAUCGGCGGCGUGAUCGUGGCGACUCUCCUGGUCUUCAUUGUCAUCCUCAUGGUGCGCUACAAAGUGAGUAGCUCUUCCCAAGUCGCCAAGCUUGUAUCAGUGAGCAACACUUACUCACAAACCAAUGGUGGAAUGCAGGCAGCACAGUUGGUUAAUGGGGCUCCUCCACCUCCGGCGCCCAAAGCCAUAGUCGUGAUGCAUGAUGAGGUUGUAGAGUUUAAGUGUGGCUCUUUGCAAAGCAGCCUCUCUUCCACUUCCUCAACAGACUCGAUUGGCAGUGAGAAGGUGCGGCGCUAUGACCCGAGUGCCGAGUCCAGCGCUGGACCUCACAGAUGGAAGCGUGCUCCAGCUAAAACAAGGGCAAAUCUAGACCACCUGCUUGGAGCUUUUGCCUCUCUGGACAUAAAAGCUCCAGCAAGGGAUCCAGGUAACCGUUCCUCCACAGGGCCUAUCAUGGCUGCCAUGGACAUUCUUUCAGACAAGGAGCCACUGCUGGGCCGUGGGGACUCCAGGCUAGGCCGCUUGCUUAAGCUGCCGCUGGAGAGCAAGCCCAAGCGUAGUCAUUCCUUUGACAUGGGUGAUGUUGGUGCUUCGCAGUGCCUUAGCUACCCACAGCGUAUCAGCAACAUCUGGACUAAAAGGAGUCUGUCAGUAAAUGGCAUGCUGCUGCAAUGCGACGAGAGUGAGGGAGAAGGAGAUAAAGGGACACUUGACAGCUCUGAAUGGGUCAUGGAAAGUACAGUCUGAUUAAUGGCCAAGACUUCUGUCUCGUCUUUUUGUCAGAAAAGGCCAGGCUUUUGGCGUCAGUCCUGUUUGGAUAAGAGCAAAUGGCCUGACUUUUCAAAAGAAAAAGGACUCCUAGGACCUAAUUGAAAGGAUAUGUACUGCAUGAAUUCCCAUGUUAAUGAUUUUGUCCUUCUGUUCAUUUGAUCAAACCACAAACUCUAGGUUGACAUUAUGAGCAUACAAAUGAGGGAAGUGGCCACAGCGAGGGCUGGCCCUCAUCACUGAAGCCUAAACCUGAGGCUCUCGCUGACUGCUUUUACAAUUUGAGAACAGAUGUGGAUUGGAUAUCCUAUCAUGAAUGAUGUAUGAGAAUCUCAGAGAAAAUAAAAGACUUUUCCCUCUCAAAACUAAGUGGAUGUGCGCAAAUGACACAUGAGACUAAAUGCACACUUUGGAUGAAAAUACAUUUGUAUGAAAAAAAAAGUGUGGAAAAAAUGUGAAUGUAAUAAAAUACAGUAUUUUACUUUUUUGCCAAAUCUUUUUUUUUUUUUUUUUUUUAUAACCCCAAUAACCAAUGACUUAUUGCUCUAAAUGUUCAUGUUCCUGUACUUUGGCCAUAAUCAAAAUUCAAAUAAAUAUCCAAACGGUAUGGUUGUAGUAUCAGAUAAAUGAUCUUUGCACUCACUGAGUGUUGUAAUAGGAAUAAAAUCAUAAUUAUUUACAUGGUUAUUUUAUUAUAAAUCAAAUCUUCAAAUCUUUUGAUGGAUUUCUGGAAAAUAAAUAAUUUGUUGUACCCUGGACUUGACCUAAGGCAGAAAUAACACUGUUGAUAUUGACUUCUCUUGGUUCAUGUUUUUAUUUACAGUUCAUCAUUCAGUCAAAUUCUUCUCGAAUUUGGCAUUCAUUUUAUAAUUUUUAACAUUUUAUAUGAAAAAUAAAAGUACACAGUUUUUGCUUCUGCCUGGUAAAAGUGAUGAGUAAAAAAGUAAAAAAAAAAAAAACCUUAUUAUUUGUAUUUUUAUUAUUAUUAUUUGGAAAACAUUUAUUUUUAUAUGUGCAUAGUUUUAUUCAUUUAUUGCAUUUGAUACUUACCAUAAUUCCAAUAAUUAUUUCUGAUUAUUUAAAAGAAAUACAUGAACAAUUAAUCACACAUCUCCAUUUAAGUUCUGUUUUUAUAUUAGUUUUUCUUACUGCAUUUGCAACUUUUUUUGUUACUGCUUUUGCUGAAUGAAUAUUUCAAUUCAUUUUUGUACAACUAUGUAUGAAAGCAAGGUGUACAGUGAUUCUUUUAUUUUCCUGUUCAGCGUAAGUAUGAAGGUGCGUCUAUGUGUGUAUGUGACGUUACAUAGACCGAUUUUUAUCUUGGGUUGUAAAAAACAAAGAAAAAGAAGUCUUCUGUGAAAUAUUUCUGUGAUUAAAAGCUUUUGUUACAAAAAAAAUAUAUAUAUAAACACGAA